AUGUUAGGGAAGAUGGUCACUGGUGUCAUUGAAGCAGCUUUCAAUGAUGGAUAUCUUGUUAAUGUUAAGGUGGCCGAUUCUGAUUCUUUUCUGAGAGGCGUAGUGUUUCUUCCAGGGCAAGUUACUCCAGUUACCGCAGAAAAUGAUGUUGCCCCUCAUAUUCAAAUGAUCAAAAGAAAAGAGUUUCCAAUUCCAAUGCCAAUGCCAAACCCUCGGACUAAUGAAGUACAUGUUUCUCUUCCCACAUUGCAGUCUAUUGAGCCACAAAUACCGGCGCCUUUUCCUGGCGUGCACAUUCUACCGACCGAGGUUCAUUCUGGUGUAUCAGUUCCAUCAGGCAUAUCAGAGGCUGAACAUGUGAAUCAGUCUAACUCUCUCAAACCCGAGAUGGACCGUGACAAAACUGUUGAACAAAAUGAUAAAUUGCACGAACUGGACGCAUCCACACAGGUAGAAGAAUCCAGUGCUGAUCCACGGCCUGCAUCAGAAACCAUGAACCUGUUUCCAACAAUUGAGAACACUAAUAGCGAGCUAAGAAAUGAACAGCAAGUAUUUCCUUCUGUGAAUCAUUUGAAUGAGUUCGUUCAUAACGAACCGAAUAGUUCAAAUAUUGAACUCAACUUGGUUCCUGUAUCUGCCGAACCCGAAUCCAUGCCAUCUGAACAGCAUAAUAAUAAAUCUGUUGAAGUUUUUAUGGAGAAUCAGACAUUGCCAGAAACAGAUUUAGAAAAAGACGCAACAAAGACAAAACCUGUUUCUAUUGAUACUAUGAGCAACGUCGAUAACAUCUCAAACUCGAAUGGAAACACAAGUACUGGUAUUGCUAAUAUUAUUGAUAUGGUACCAAAUCAUGCAGUUGAAACCAUCCAACAUGAAUCCGUGCAAUUUGAGCAGAUUGGUCAGAAUCAUCCUUCUGACAUCAAGCUUUCGCCUGAAGGAUGUAACUUCAUGGAGAAGGAGAAGAGUGAUCCUCAAAACUGUAGCUCUCUUGGCGAUGUCAAUAAGGUUGAUUUCGAUCAUCCUAUAGCUGAAUCUUUAGUUGAUGCAGUGCCUUCUGAAAACCAGAUUGGAGCAGGCACUUGA